AAAACAGCCGUGCUUACACUGGUGUAACCGGGGACCAGAUACAUUCAUCUACGUCAUAUCCAUAUAUAUAUAUAUAUAUAUAUAUAUAUAUGAGAUUCAAUAUAGUUCAAGGAAGACACCGUUUGGAUAGUGGACAGGCAAAACAAAAAAGAGAAUCUCAAACAUGUUCUACUUGUUCUUCAAUCCUUCCUUGCUUAUCUUCCUCCCCCUCCUAUUCUUUGUGUUCAAAUGGUUCUCCCGUGCCAACCCAAUUCCAAGCAAAAAAUGCUUCCCACCUUCACCACCAAAGCUCCCAAUCAUAGGGAACCUCCAUCAACUAGGCCUGCACCCCCACCGCACUCUGCGCUCGCUAGCGCAGCACCAUGGCCCGAUCAUGCUGCUGCAACUUGGCACCGUGCCCACUCUUGUGGUCUCGUCCGCGACCUUAGCCCGGGAGAUCAUGAAAACCCAUGACACCAUUUUCUCAAACAGGCCACACACGAGCACUGGCAGAAGACUUGUCUAUGACUGCAAGGACGUGGUUUUAGGCCGCUACGAUCGGUACUGGAGGCAGAUGAGGUCCAUAUGUGUGACACACCUUUUCAGCACAAAAAGGGUGCAGUCCUUUCGAGCUGUCCGGGAAGAAGAGACUGCUCUAGUGCUUAAUGAAGUUGAAAAGUCGUACUACUCUUCUUCCUGGAUUAAUUUGAGCGAAGUGCUUGCUUCGCUAACGAGCGCUGUGAUGUGCAGGGUAGCUUUUGGGAGGAAGUACGGUGAAGGGGAGGAUGGGAGGAGGUUUAAAGGGCUGUUGGAGGAGUUGGGUGAGCUUUUGGGCUGUUUCAAUGUGGAGGACUUCUUUCCUUGGCUUGCUUGGGUGAACUAUAUUACUGGUUUUAAUGCAAGAGUGGAAAGAGUCUUUCAUGAGUUUGAUAAUUUUUUUGAUCUGAUAGUUGAUGAUCAUAUGGCUCAUAGAAGUGGAGUUGCUGACGGGAAUUGUGGUGGGAGGAGGGAAGACUACCAAAUGGAUCUUGUGGAUGUUCUCCUCGACAUUCAGGACAAUAGCACAGAUGGGGAUUCAUUGGCUAGAGAUAACAUUAAAGCUAUUAUCCUGGACAUGUUUGCUGCGGGUACUGCUACCACUUACACGGUUCUGGAAUGGGCAAUGACUGAGCUACUUAGGAGCAAAGAAGUCAUGGAGGAAGUGCAGAAAGAAGUAAGAGGGAUAGCUGGGAGCAAACCAAGCAUAAAUGAGGAUGAUCUAGAGGGAAUGCACUAUUUGAAGGCAGUGAUAAAGGAGGCACUGCGUCUGCAUCCUCCUGCUCCAUUACUGAUUCCUAGAGAAUCCACUGAAGAUGUCAGGAUAGAAGGCUAUGACAUUAUGGCCAAAACACAAGUACUAGUCAAUGCUUAGGCAAUUGGCAGGGAUCCCAUUUUAUGGGAAGAACCAGAGGAAUUUAGACCAGAGAGGUUCUUGAACACUCCUAUGGAUUUCAUGGGACAUGACCAAUUCCAAUUGAUCCCAUUCGGAGGCGGAAGAAGGGGGUGUCCAGGAACUACAUUUGCCAAUGCCGUUAUGGAGCUUGUCUUAGCUAGUCUUCUGCACAAGUUUGAUUGGGCAUUACCUGGUGAGGUCUUGGAUGCGACUGAAUCCAGGGGCAUCACCACCCACCGUAAAUUUCCCCUUGUUGUUUGCGCUACACCGAAGUAUUUAUAGUUUUGAGGCAUAAUUUAGACUGCAGUGUGUGAAUGCAAAAAUUAUGCAAUGUCUGUGAAAGUCUUCAAACUUUUAUGGGCACAAUUUUCAUGAACCAGAUAAAAUUUGCCUAUAAAAAUUUGAAUUAUAAAUAAGUUGAAGAUUAUAAGAAGCUCCAAUAAA